CAUUUCAAACUCAAUGACGGACCCUCUUAGCAACAAAAUCCAUGUUGUUAAACGUUGCUAAGGAAGUCGCGGAGCUAAUUUUAAAACAAGCGCCCUGGGGCCAAUAGUUUUCUGAAGGUGUUUUGCAAUGAGAGAGCUUUAUCCAGCUGACUCCAGCCGGUGAAAUGAGGAGAGGAUGGCUGAGAAUGGAGAGAACUUCGCCUUGGACCAAACCUGCAAGAUUCCUGAAAAAGGAGACUGUGAUCCUACUGACAGCAGUAUAAACAAAACCUUCUUAGUGGAUGUCAAAUCUGCCCAGAAGCACAAUGGUGGCCCUGYGUUUGAUGAUGAAAAUGCAGGAGGUAAGGUCGCUGCUCACUUGCCUCGGCCCCCUGUGGGACCCAGACUGUCAAAGCUCGGCAAAAGAAGUGUUUCGUUGGAGGCGACAUCCAGAUCCAGGAGGUUAAGAAACAGCCAGGAGAGCCUUAGUGAUCGAGCUGAAACUGGCUCCUCCACAGACUCUCUUAAAGAAGACCAAAGUGUUCUCGGUGGUGUCAGAAAUGAGCAGGACUCAGCAGGAUCUCCAGUCUGCCAGGGCAGGAAGAGUAGUCUGUCAGAGUGUGAAAGCAGACCCCACAGCCAGCAGAGUGUCCUGGAAGACCGUCCGGGGAGGUCCGCUAAGGUGCGGCUGUCCCCUGUACAGCCCACGGGGCCUCUUCCCGCUUUGAACAAGAACUUUACGUCAUCCACUUUAAGGGCAGCUAAUAGGAUUGAUAAGGAUUUAUCGGAUUAUGCCGGGAUGGUCAAAGAGAAGGAGAGAAUUCACAGGAACAUGAGCGACAACCGGCUUCUGGAGACGUUGGAGGAUAGUGCCUCUGUAAACUCCAUMAAGUCCAUCUACAGUGUCCUUAGCCCCAUCAGACCCCAGGAUAUGAGAAACAGGAGUUUCCUGGAGGGCAGUGUGCUGGGCAGCGGCGCCUUGCUCGGGGCCGAGGAGCUGGACCGGCACUUCCCCGACCGGAGGGUGGGCGUGUACGUCGUCACGUGGAACAUGCAAGGGGGAAAGUUCCAUUCAGGCAACUUGAAUGAUCUCCUCCUUCCAACAGACUCCGAAUUUGCACAAGAUUUUUAUAUCAUCGGGGUUCAGGAAGGCUGCCCUGACAAAAGGGAGUGGGAGACGUGUCUCCAGGAGACUCUGGGACCUCACUACGUGAUGCUGUACACAGCAGCACAUGGCGUUUUGUACCUCACUGUAUUUAUUAGGAGAGACCUCAUCUGGUUCUGUUCAGAGGUGGAGCAUGCUACAGUCACAACCAGGAUCAUCUCUCAGAUCAAAACCAAAGGAGCCGURGGAGUCACCUUCACCUUUUUUGGCACUUCCUUCCUCUUCAUGACGUCCCACUUCACGUCUGGAGACGCCAAAGUUUAUGAGAGGAUACUGGACUACAACAAGAUCAUCGAGGCUUUAGCUCUUCCUAAAAGCGUUCCAGACACCAACCCUUACCGCUCAAGCCCAUCUGAUGCCACCACAAAGUUCGACCAGGUCUUCUGGUUCGGAGAUUUUAAUUUCCGUCUCAGCAAGGAUCGGGCUGACGUGGAAACCAUCAUGAAGCAGACAGCUGGUGGGGACGUGAGCCCCCUGCUGGAGCACGACCAGCUCUCCAAAGAAAUGAAAGACGGUUCCAUCUUCAAAGGUUUUCAGGAGGCACCGGUACGCUUCUUCCCAACGUAUAAAUUUGACCUCGGCUGCGAUACGUACGAUACCACAUCUAAGCAGAGAACGCCUUCUUACACAGACCGGAUCCUGUUCAGGAGCAGGCAGGCCAACGACAUAAGGGUGCUGAAAUACAACAGCUGCUCCAGCGUCAAGACUUCAGACCACCGACCUGUCAUCGCCGUGUUUCAGGUUAAACUCAGACCGGGGAGAGACAA